AUGUCUGCAGACCAAGGCCCCAGCCCGCCGUCGGCUGCGGCUACGGGCAGUGACAAGGCGCCGGCUCCCAAGGCCGCGGCAACAUUUAGUUCCUUCAUCAACAAGAAUACGACGGGCAAAAAGUUUGCGCCCAAAGCUGCGCGACGACGGCCAGUCGCUGACUCUGUGCCUGGCUCGACACCGGUGCCAUCAUCUACGCCUGCGCCAGAAACACCAGCAUCCACUGCAGAACCGCAGGUAGAGCCCCAGUCCUCCAAUGCACCCGCCGUCGCACCAUCCACUCCUGCCCAAUUGCCUACCCCAGCCGCGACACAAGACCUCGCAGUGAUAGUCGAUCCUACGCCUAGCGAUGCUCCACCAGACCCUGCGCCGACCAAUGUACACGUCCAGUCGCAAGUAGAGGGGGAGUCGCAUCUGGCUGCGGAACACCCACCGGCCCAGGGCCUGACUACCCAGUACCUCGAGGACGACAUCCAAUCCGGCAGAUCGCCCAAGAGACGGCGCAUAGAACACUCCGCAGGACCACCGCAAUACACAGACGAAGCAAGCCCACACCAGCAGCCAGAUGCAGCAGGAGUGCAGGAUGGGGCACAGUCACCAAGCGCCGACACUGCGCAACACCCCAGUGACUCACAGGUGCUUCCGCAACCACGAAAGAGGAGGAAUCCACCUUGGGUAGCGGUAAACGACCCUGCCGGAAGCGAUGGGCAAGCAGCGGCUGCUGCUGCACCUACCCAAAUUUCUCGCCAGCUCCCCAAAUCACGUGCAAGGAAAAACGCUACCGAGCCCGCCACUGCUCAAGACAGCCAAGAUACACCAGCUGUGCCGAAGAAAACGAGGAAACCCAAAAAGAACAGGGCCGCUCUGAGCAGCGAGGUUGUCGAGGGGCCUGAGAGCGAGGUCGGACGCAUCGCCGACGAGAUUGUAGCUGCCGCUGUACAGCGCAAGCCCAAGGCAAGAAGACGAAAGAGAGCCAUUACCGAGGGCGAGGAAAUUGAUGGGGUUGAGGGCGAUGCUGGCACGACGCAGGAAAAGAAGCGCAAGGGACGGCCACCACGGGAGAAUACCCCAUCAGAUGCAGAAAAUCAAGUCAUCGACCCCGAUGUUACUUACAUGGACUCUCUCGCUGCCCGUACAGUCCGCUGGGGAAAGCUGUCUGCCCGAGAGAAGGAAAUGCGUACCAUAGACUGGGAGGCGGUCAAACGGCGUCGGAGGGAGGAAGACUCGAAGAUCAUAGUCUCUAAAGCAGAACAGGAAGCAGCAGACAGGGCUCUAGCCGAGGCAGGUGCAGAAAUCGCUGCACAAGCCGAACGAAGACCUCAACUACGACUGAACGCAGAUGGUAUCUUGGAGCUGGUUCCCGACUCUGGAACAAUUGAUCGAGGAGGUGACGCGGAAAGGGAGCUGGACGCAAUGAUCGUUACUGAAGACCAAGACAUCACUGCUCGCCUAACGACCCGUAGCUUCAUGAAGAACAACAAACGUUUCCCCAACGAGUUUCUCCUACCAGGCCAAGGACGUCGUUGGAAUAGCGAACUUACCGAACUCUUCUAUCAGGGCCUGCGAUCUUUCGGCACAGAUUUCCAAAUGAUAUCUCAAAUGUUUCCAGGCUUUACCCGGCGCUCCAUCAAAACAAAGUUCACUCGUGAAGAGCGCGAGAACCCUCAAGGCGUCAAGGAAGCGUUGCAAGGUCGUAGCGAACUCACUAAUGGUGGCUGGGGUGUCUUCCUUGAGAAAUCAAACAAGACAGAAGAGUCGUUUGCUGACGCAGAUGAGAUCAAGCGCCAGAUGGCUGCUAAGGAAGCAGAGUUUAAGGAACGAAUCGCAGCCGCCCACGCAGAGGCCCAGGAAAGGAAACGUCAACGAGAGCUAGCUGGUAUUGACGAAGACGGAAAUCCCUUGGGUGAUGGGGCUGCGAACAAGGAAAAUGGCAAGGGAAAGAAGAAGAGGGGGAAGAAUAAGCAAGUGGCAUUUCAGGAGGAGCAGGGUGUGGAGAUUGUGGGACAUGUUGGUGAUGACGAUACCUGGGGUCAAGAGUGA